AUGGAGAACCACCUGAGAAGAACGUCAGCUGUGGUUUCAACAGAUCGACGUGGCGAGCCUUCAGUGGAAGAAUAUCAGCAGUAUAAGCUUCAGACUCGAGGCGAAUACGAGGAGUUGAUGAUCGAGUUCGAGUUUCGAUGCCGGCGGGCAGGCAUGAUGAACUACCACGAGUCGUCAAAGUACAACCUGAAGGUCUACUACAUGGAAGUUGCCGCGGCAUUGUUGGGGGCAGUGUCUUUAACAUCGAUUGGAGCAUAUUUUAUGCAGAGCCAGGGCACUGAGUGGUUCAGCAACAUGGGUAAACUAGGCGGUGUGGGAGUUGUUGGUGCUUUCAUUAUCGAGUUGAUGAGUAAAGGGAGCGCAAGAAUCAUUCCUUCGUUGAGCCGAAGGGCAGAAGCGCACGUGACUGCUGGAGCAUCAUGGCAAGCGUUGGCCCAGAAAACCAGAUCAUACAGAAUUCAGCUGGACAACCCAAAGCUGGAUGUCCCCGUGUACGCCGAGUGGUACCACGACUUGAUAACACAAAGAGAGAAGCUGUGUUCCGCAGUGUGUAUACCAGAAUCCACAUACCGCAAGUUCAAUGACCCGGCUCUUGUGUUCAAGCCGUUGAAAAGACGCAAGCAUUUAUUCCUGCAAUUCCUGGAACUUGAAAGAAUGGAUGAUGACGAUUUUAUGGAAAGAAAAACUGUGCCUGGGACAAGUCACAAAAAGGAUAGUUAA